AUGGAUGCUACUACCAAUGGCUCCUCUCCCUCUUUCACCGAGUUUACUUUGGCUGAGAUUGUAGACAUGGAGAUUAUGUAUAAAGCCUACGGUGAUCAAUCUCUCAACCAAGAUUUUUGCCAGACUCUUGCCUGCAGUUUUAGUUGCGAUGUGAAUCGGAGAGGCAAAUCAUUCAUAACCGGGAAACAAGUACAGAGUUGGUUUCAGUGGAAGACGAAUCAGCCAAACCAAGCCGAAUCCAUGGCUAAGCCAUCUCCUCCUGAGAUUCUUGACUUGUCAAAGCUCAGUGCUGCCAGAAAUGCCAAAAAUGUUGGAAGCUCUGUUCAAAAACAGAAGGGCAAGACAUCUGAUGGCAAGGCAUCUGAUGUGCAAAACCAAGCUGAAUCCAAGUCUAAGCCAUCUCCUCGUGAGAUUCCUGACUUGUCAAAGCUCAGUCUUGCCACAAAUGCCCAAAAUGCUGAAAGCUCUGUUCAAAAACAAAAGGGCAAGGCCUCUGAUGGAAAGGCAUCUGAUGUGCAAAACCAAGCCGAAUCCAAGGCUAAGCCAUCUCCUCCUGAGAAUCUUGACUUGUCAAAGCUCAAUGCUGCCAGAAAUGCCCAAAAUGCUGGAAGCUCUGUUCAAAAACAGAAGGGUAAGCCAUCUUAUGAGGCUAAAUCAGAAAAGGAUGGCGCAUGGUAUGACGUGGAUUCGUUCCAGAGUUAUAGAACUCUAGACACUGGUGAAGAGGAAGCGCGUGUACGAUUUUCUGGAUACGGCAGCCAAGACGAUGAGUGGUUGAACGUGGAAAAGUCAGUGCGUAAGCGGUCUGUUGCUGUGGAACCAUCAGAGUGUGGGAAAGUGAAAGUUGGAGACCUGCUUGUAUGUUGGCAGGAAAGGGAGGAUGAAGCAGUGUACCGUGAUGCUCAUGUUGAGUAUAUCGAAAGACGGGUUCAUGAUCACAAGGAUUGUAGCUGCGUGUUUAUUGUUCGCUUCGACAGUGACAAUACAGAGGAACAGAUGGGGAUUGACAAAAUUUGGCGUCGUCCUGAUGCUGAGUGA